AUGGGCAAGGUGUCGUCGACCAAGCCUGAAACAAUGGCCAACGAGUCGACGCCGUUGAUCCAGACAGUGCGCGUCGGGCCUCCGCGCAGGCGAUAUCCUCACAACACGGUCCGCCGCUUCUGCACCAUUGCGUGCGCCAGCGUGCUCCUCUGCGGCUUUGCGACGUUUCUCCUCAACGCCGUGUACAUCUGGCCCUCGUGGCGGGACCAUCGUCACCCGCAUCCUCCUCACCACGGCCAUCACGGCCAUCCUCCUCACAAGGGCAAACGCCUGUCUCACGAGGAGCUGCAAAAGAUCCUGCUCGACACGCCUUCUUCAGAAAAGGCCGAAGAAUGGAGCCGCUACUAUACCGCUGGAGCUCACCUUGCUGGUAAGAAUUACUCACAGGCUGAGUGGACUAAAGAGCGAUGGGAGGAAUGGGGCAUCAAGUCCAGCAUCGUCGCCUAUGACGUCUACAUCAACUACCCCUCUGAUCACAGCGUCUCUUUGCUAGAGAAGUCGAGCGACACCAAAACCUGGGAUGUCGCGUUCAAGGCAUCGCUGACCGAGGACGUCCUUGAAGAGGAUCCCACCACCUCUGCCGAGGACAAGAUCCCAACCUUCCACGGCUACUCUGCCAGCGGAAACGUCACUGGCUCAUUUGUCUAUGUCAACUACGGAACAUACCAAGAUUACGCGGAUCUAGUUGCUGCCGGUAUCGACUUCAAGGGAAAGAUUGCCAUCGCCAGAUAUGGAGGAAUCUUCAGAGGCCUCAAAGUGAAGCGUGCUCAGGAGCUUGGCGCUGUUGGCGUUCUGAUAUAUAGCGACCCGGGCGAUGAUGGUGAAAUCACCGAAGAAAACGGCUAUGCCGCCUAUCCUGAGGGGCCGGCACGAAACCCCAGCAGCGUGCAGCGUGGAAGUGUCCAGUUUUUGAGCUCGCGUCCUGGCGACCCGACAACCCCUGGUUAUCCUUCAAAGCCCGGUGUCCCUCGUGCACCAGCUGACGAAACCACUCCAUCGAUUCCCUCUAUUCCCAUCUCAUACGCCGAUGCUCUCCCUCUACUCAAGGCUCUCAAUGGCCAUGGCCCUCAAGCCAGUGACCUGAACAAAUAUUGGACAAAGAAUCUCGGCUUGGGUUACAAGGGCGUCAAGUACAACAUUGGUCCUUCGCCUGAUGACGUCGUCAUUAACCUCUUCAACGAGCAAGAAUACGUCACCACUCCUCAAUGGGAUGUUAUCGGCAUCAUCAACGGCACAAUUCCCAACGAAGUCGUUGUCAUUGGUAACCACAGAGACGCUUGGAUUGUCGGCGGAGCAUCUGAUCCCAACAGUGGCUCGGCAGUCCUGAACGAAGCAGUUCGCAGUAUUGGCAAAGCCCUGGAAGCAGGCUGGAAGCCUGUCCGAACCAUCGUCUUCGCUAGCUGGGACGGAGAGGAAUAUGGCCUGGUUGGAAGCACAGAGUGGGUUGAGGAGUACCUUCCAUGGCUCUCCGGAGCCAACGUGGCAUAUGUCAAUGUCGAUGGCGGUGCCUCUGGGCCGCACUUUUCUGCUUCUGCAGCCCCAUUGUUGAACCAAGUUCUUCGAGACGCAACGCAUCUUGUUCCAUCGCCCAAUCAGUCUGUCCCAGGCCAGUCUGUGGGAGAUGUUUGGGAUGGAAAAAUCAGCACAAUGGGUAGUGGCAGCGAUUUCACUGCCUUCCAGGACUAUGCCGGUAUCCCCAGUGUCGAUAUUGGAUUUGGCGGUAACGGCAGUGGCCCUGUUUAUCAUUAUCACAGCAACUACGACAGCUUCCAUUGGAUGAGCGAAUAUGCCGACCCAGGCUUUGUCUACCACAGGACCAUGGCACAGGUUCUUGGCAUACUCAUCGGAGAGCUUACUGAUGUAAUCAUCAUUCCAUUCGGAGCCACCGAGUAUGCAGAUGCGCUUGAUGGCUAUCUUGACAAAGUCGAGGCGAAGCUCCAGUCUGUGGAUACCGAGCUCGCCACGGAAGCUGAAAUCUUUGCAAUUAGAGGCAGCGUCACAUCCGAAGAAGUGGUUGGAAGCCAAGAUGCUUUCGAAGAAAGCCUCAAAAGGAUCCGACACUCAAUCUCUGAGUUUAGAGAUAAGGCCGCCAAGCUCGAUGAAAAGGCUGCCUGGGCAAGAGACAGGCUCGAAGAUGGCAUUCCGUGGUGGAACCUCUUCGAAAAGGCCAAGCUAGGAUAUACCAUUGCCACAGUAAACAAGCAGUACAAGUUUAUUGAAAGACACUUUCUCUUUGAGGGCGGUCUUGAUAACCGCAGCUGGUUCAAGCAUGUUGUGUUUGCUCCUGGUCUGUGGACUGGAUACGCGGGUGCCGUGUAUCCAGGCCUCGUUGAGAGCAUUGACGCCAAAAAUUACAGCAAUGGUUUGAAGUGGGCGGAGAUUAUCAACCACGCUGUUGAGAAGGCUACCAGGAGCAUUGAGUAA